AUUUUUGAGACUCAGAAAUCAAAACUUUUGUGUCUUAAUUUUUGGUGUAUGUUGUUUUGUUGUUUGGUGUUUGUUGUUUUCUAUGUUCGGAUAAAAAUGUUGUUGUCUUACAAUUAUAUUGGCGAUAAUCUUAAAUGCAUAGAUAACAACUCAAUGAGUUCAGUUAGAGUUGGUAGCACUGAAAGUUCAGAUGCAAUGUCUAUCUCUUCAAUUGGAGAAGGGAGGGAACUGGUGUUUCAAUUUGGAAUGGAAAGAGACACAGUUAUUUUUGAAGGAAAAGAUAUGGAAUCUCUUCGAGAAUUAGCUGGUGCCUUUAUUGAAAGCAAGUAUCCACAACAAACUCGACCAGGUAUGGUGGAGUCCAUUUUGUUAUUCAAACAUAAUUAUGUUUCUCCAUCACAACUUGAACUAAUAUCUUCAGUUGAUUCACUAAGCAAGGAGGAUACCAUAGAAGUUGUUUUGAAAGCAACCUACACUGCAAUCGAUUUGUCUGAUAUAAGACCACACAUGUUGUAUGUCCACUCAUACAAGUCUCCUACUUUCUGUGAUUACUGUGCAGUCAUGUUGUUUGGGUUAGUGAGACAAGGACUUAAAUGUGAUGGCUGUGGUGGUAAUUAUCAUAAGAGAUGUGCAUUCAAGAUACCAAACAACUGUUCUGGGGAUCGUUGCUCUGUGAAUGGAUCAACAGCAUCAUUGUUACCUAGAAGAGUCUCAGAGCAGCUAAGUGUAUCAUCAGGGGAAUCACUGAUUAGCAGUAAUUACAGUUUUCACAAUUCAGUAUCGAAAGAAAGACGGGCGACCUGGAGUGGAAAUGCUGGAAGACCAGCAGAACUUGAUCGUCUGGUGAAUCGAUUGGAAAUUCCUCAUACCUUCGUUGUGCACUCCUACAAACGCCCAACAGUUUGUCAUGUGUGUAGGAAACUGCUACGUGGUAUAUUUCGACAAGGAUUUCAGUGCAAAGACUGCAAAUUUAAUUCACACAGAAAAUGUGUAGAGAGAGCUCCGAGAAACUGUCUUGGUGAAAUGAGUGUUGCAGAAAGAGGUGAUUCGGUCUCAGAUGAAACGGAAACAACAAGUGACCUUGACAGUUUGAGCCAAGACUUGGAAGAAGAGCCCAGUGGUGAAGUUACAAGUCCGACGAUGGAGCUUGAGAACGAAUUAUCUGAGUCAAUAAGCAACCAAAUUCCUCUUCAAAGAAUCGCCAUGUCUGUGCGCAAGAAAAGACACAGAGGGUCGAAAAUCUUGAAAGCUGGAUGGAUGAUACAUUACACCAAUAAGGAUAAAACAAAACAACUUCAUUAUUGGAGGUUGGAUACAAAAAGUAUAUAUUUGUAUAAAGUGGACACAGAUAAAGAAUAUGAUAAAGAAAUUCAACUCUCAGACAUCCUUUCAAUUGACUCCAAUCUUGAACCCAUGGGAAGUCGACACGGUCGCAACCCUUACCUUUUCACUUUAAAAACAAACGACCAAACCUUAUAUUGCGGAGAACGAGACGAUUUCGAUGACAAUGGAGCCAUCAUACCUGCUAGUCCGAAGAGUGGCAAGGGUACUAGAAUUGCUAUCUCCUGGGCUGACGAAAUUAAGUCUGCUUACCAACCAGUGUCUGUUACAAAAGAGGACACCAUGAUGAUUCGUGCAAAACAGAAAGAAGAAAUUGUGGAAGAAAAUACAGAAGAAGCAUUCGAAGAGGCCAACGAAAAGGAUAUCAGCCAAGUGUAUCAAGUUUUCCCCGAUGAAAUAUUAGGGUCGGGUCAAUUUGGUGUUGUGUAUGGAGGUGUGCACAGAAAAACUGGCAAAGAAGUAGCGGUAAAGGUUAUUGAUAAAUUUCGCUUUCCCACCAAGGAAGAGAGGGCAUUGAAAAAUGAAGUGACGAUAUUACAGACUAUCAACCAUCCCGCAGUUGUUAAUUUAGAACGAAUGUUUGAAACUCCAGAAAGAAUAUUCGUGGUUAUGCAGAAAAUGAGAGGCGACAUGUUGGAGAUGAUUUUAAAUAGUCCAAAAGGACGCUUGUCAGAAAGACAAACAAAAUUCAUGGUGCACCAGAUUUUAGUAGCGCUGCAAUUUCUACACAAUCUUAAUAUUGUGCAUUGUGAUUUGAAGCCAGAGAAUGUUUUAUUAUCAGGAGUCUCAUCGAAAAACGGACUGGAGCAGAUAAAACUCUGUGAUUUUGGUUUCGCAAGAAUUAUAGGACGUGAGUCCUUCCGACGUUCUGUUGUUGGCACGCCUGCAUAUCUGGCGCCAGAAGUGUUAAAUAACAAAAAAUACAACCGCACAUUAGAUAUGUGGUCUGUUGGAGUCAUUAUUUACGUGAGCGUGAGUGGCACGUUCCCUUUCAAUGAGGAAGAAGAAAUUGCAGACCAGAUAAAGAAUGCUGCUUUUAUGUAUCCGCCAAAUCCUUGGGCGGAGAUCUCACCUGAAACUCGCGACUUAAUCGACAAGUUAUUGCAAGUUAGAAAGAACAAUCGUCUUUCAUGUCAACAAGCUCUCCUCCACGUGUGGAUGCAAGAUUUCAACACCUACCUCGAGCUGCGCAGUUUGGAAGCAGCAGUAGGGGAAAGAUACCUUACACACGAAAGUGACGACCAAGCAUGGGCACGAUUUAUUCAGUCCCAGGGAGCGCCAUUCCAAAACUCGAUCCCGGAAGAAUUAAAAGCGGAUCUUACUAAACGCUUCAAUUCGAACGACAUUAGUUUUCUGUGAAAUGUUAUCCCCUCUUUUUUUUAGCAACUUCACAUUUUUCAAACAUCGUGAAGUGAGUUUUAACACGUUUAUGUUAAUAUCUGCCACCAGGAACAUGAAGCUGUUGUUUUUAGCUUGAUUUAUAUGACAACAAAUUAUAAAAACAUCAAAUCGUCUGGUCUAGUCAGAGUGAUCGAGAUCAAUGUUGAGUGUGCGAUAAAGAAAGGACCAGACCAGAACUCACAACGACCAUAUUAUUAUUCGAUUUGGUCCGAUGUGUGAUACUAAAAGUGGAUUAAUUUUUCUUGAAUGAUUUUCUAUACAUAUCACAUGACCAUAUUACGUGAUCAUGUCACAUGAUCAUGUUACCUGGUGAAGUUUUUGUUAUAUCUCGCUUCGAUUUUUACCUUUGUUUUUGAGUAGGAAAAACCAGGGUUAUACAUAUAUAUAUAUAGGAAGUUUUUCUUAUUACGUUUUAAACAACAUUAAGUUGUAUCAUUAAUACACGUAUCCAUCCGAUUUUUUAUUUAUAUUUCAAUUUUUUUAUUAAUUUAAAAACAAAAUAAUAUUUUAACACUUUUUAAUUCACGGAGAAUUCAUGUGCUCUAUUUCAAGCAACACUCCAUCGUCGUGUUUUGAUUUGCUUUUACAAAGAAUGGAUUUUCACUGAGAAAUUUUGUGCACAAACGCCAGGAAUGAACGGAUUUGAUAGUUUUCGCCCAUCUUCAUUCAUAAAUUUCUUUUUUUUGGUAUAAUGGUAGACUUGAAAACUAUCUAGUGUACAUUCAGCUUAACUUUGGAAAUCCUAGAAAUCAUUUAGUGUAUGUUCAGCUAAACUGUGGAAGUUUGUCUGUUGUACAUACAGCUUGAUUGUGGAAAUCUUCAGAAUCUUAGAGUGUACAUAGAACUUGUGGGAAUAUAGUAAGGAUAAAAUCGUCUAGUGUACGUUCUUAACUGCGGAGGUAUAGGAACAAGGUUGUGAUCUCCUUAAUUUUUUAAUUUUUUAAUUUAUCUCAAAUUAAUUAUCCCAGUUAUUGUUUAAAUUAGGUUUUUUUGUAUCCGAUUGUAAUUUUAACCUCAUUGUUGUGGAAACUCUUUAUUUUUUUGUUAUUGUGUAGCCAGUCUGUUUUUUUAUUUAAGCAAGUGGGUUGUUAAAAUGUAGAAAGGAAAUGAGAAAUAAAAACAAACUAUUUAGCCUUUUUAAUA